CAGUUCCAGCAGAACCACCCGUGAGUUAGGUCGAGCCGAGCCAAAGCCCCCGGUGCUUUGUCGCGGGUUCGCUCGCUGGCUGUCUCGAUCACUCCCUCCCUUCUACCCUCCCUUCCUCCCGGCGGCCGCGGCGACGCUGGAGAAGCGGCAAAGAGGAGUGGCCCAGUGCUGGAAGAAUGCUGCUCUGCCGAGGGGGCCGAACCCGACCCAGUCUCCCCACAGUUUAAGCCAGCGCGAGCCGAGCCCAAGUGACCCACCCGGGAGUGUUGUGGAUUCUGCACCUGAACCGCUGGAGGCGCUGACUGAUUCGCCCACCGGAGCCUCCGGGCUUCGACAUGCUGGAGGAGCCCGGGUCUCGGCCUCCGCCCUUGGGCCUCGCGGGUCUCCUGUUCUUGGCUUUAUUCACUCGGGCUCUAAGCAAUGAGAUCCUGGGCCUGAAACUUCCCGGGGAGCCUCCGCUGACGGCCAACACCGUGUGCUUGACCCUGUCGGGCCUGAGUAAGCGGCAGCUGGGCCUGUGCCUACGCAGCCCCGACGUGACGGCGUCCGCGCUCCAAGGGCUGCACAUCGCGGUUCACGAGUGUCAGCACCAGCUGCGAGACCAGCGUUGGAACUGCUCGGCCCUGGAGGGCGGGGGCAGGCUGCCGCACCACAGCGCCAUCCUCAAGCGCGGUUUCCGAGAGAGUGCUUUCUCAUUCUCCAUGCUGGCUGCUGGGGUCAUGCACGCUGUUGCUACAGCCUGUAGCUUGGGCAAGCUGGUGAGCUGUGGCUGUGGCUGGAAGGGUAGUGGUGAACAGGACCGGCUCCGGGCCAAGUUGCUGCAGCUUCAGGCACUGUCUCGGGGCAAGAGUUUUCCUCACUCACAGCCCAGCCCUGUUCCUGGCUCAGGCUCUAGCCCUGGCCCCCAAGACACAUGGGAAUGGGGUGGCUGUAACCACGACAUGGACUUUGGAGAGAAGUUCUCUCGGGAUUUCUUGGAUUCCAGAGAAGCUCCCAGGGACAUCCAGGCAAGAAUGAGAAUCCAUAACAACAGGGUGGGGCGCCAGGUGGUAACCGAAAACCUGAAGCGGAAAUGCAAGUGCCAUGGCACAUCAGGCAGCUGCCAAUUCAAGACUUGUUGGAGAGCAGCCCCAGAGUUCCGGGCCAUCGGGGCAGCAUUGAGGGAGCGGUUGGGCAGAGCCAUCUUCAUUGAUACCCACAACCGCAAUUCUGGAGCCUUCCAGCCCCGCCUACGUCCCCGUCGCCUCUCAGGAGAGUUGGUCUAUUUCGAGAAGUCUCCUGACUUCUGUGAGCGAGACCCUACCGUGGGCUCACCAGGCACAAGAGGCCGGGCUUGCAACAAGACCAGCCGCCUGUUGGAUGGCUGUGGCAGCCUGUGCUGUGGCCGUGGGCACAAUGUGCUCCGGCAAACACGCGUGGAGCGCUGCCACUGCCGUUUCCACUGGUGCUGCUACGUGCUGUGUGAUGAAUGCAAGGUCACAGAGUGGGUAAAUGUGUGUAAAUGAAGGAGAGCCUCACCCUGGGACUAGGGAAGAACACUGCGUGAUGGGUGCUCCUUUUCAGCCCUUUGCUCUGAUUUCUGCCCA